UUGACAUUUUGGCAAAGACAUGAAAGAGUUCGCAGGAUGAUCGUCAACACGGUGAUUGAAUACCUUCUAGCUAAUCCCAGCAUCAUUGUUGCUGGGAUUGCACUCUACACUUUGAUUGUUGCAUUGUCUUUCUUCUUAUCUAGUCCAAAACCUGGUCCAAAUCCGUUUGCCGUCGACCGUAGGAAGCCACCGAAAGAUGUUGAGUUUGACCAAGCACUGCGAGACAAGGUUCUCAAGCAAGGGUUCAGUAUGCGUAAAGUACCAGAAGAUCUUGAUGCUGUGAUAAUUGGUAGUGGUAUUGGCAGUCUUGCUACAGCGUCCUUGCUCUCCCAAGUGGGUAGGAAAGUUCUCGUCCUGGAACAGCAUGACCAGGCGGGAGGCUGCUGCCACACUUUCAUUGAGAAAGGCUACGAGUUUGAUGUUGGUAUUCACUACAUUGGGCAGAUGUUUGGAGAGACGAUGACCAAAAUCUUAACUGAUCAAGUGACAGGAGGUCAACUAGUCUGGGAGCAGCUUGAAGAUGCUUUUGAUAUUGUUGCUUUGGGGGACCCAGCCAAGGCACGAAAGUAUGAAUACCGCUCAACGAAAGAGGGCCUCCGUGCAGGUCUACUAGAAGCCUUCCCCAAGGAACAAGAGGCCAUUGAUAAGUACCUCAACAUGUGCAAGGACAUCAAAUUGAACAGUUCCAUGGAUGCCAUACUGAAGAUGUUACCAAUGUGGAUCGCUAAGAUUGUGGUGAAGACUGGUAUCUACAGCCUCUUUUCUAAGUGUUUCCACUACCAAAACAUCACCCUGAAGGAAGCUGUCGACAAGAUCACCGACAACGAAGACCUGAAGGCUGUUUUUUCGUACAACUGGGGUGACUACGGAACCCAGCCAAAGAAGACAACAAUGGCCAUGCACGCCGCUGUCCAGAAUCACUUCCUGAAUGGCGGGUUCUAUCCAAGAGGUGGUGCCAGUGAAAUUGCACUCAAUAUUAUCCCGAUUAUUGAGAGGAGUGGUGGACGUGUGUUCGUGCGAGCUCCUGUCAGCCAAAUUCUGGUGAAUGAGCAGGGAAAGGCGUGUGGUGUACGGGUAACUAAGUCUACCGGUGAUUUUGAUAUCAAGGCUCCGAUUGUGAUUUCUGGUGCUGGUGUUGUCAACACAUUCCAGUAUUUACUUCCUAAGGAAAUUGCUACCAAAUCUGCCAUAUACAAACUCCUGCAAAGAAAUGCUGUCAAGUCUGGUAUGUCCAUGAUAUCCGUUUUUGCUGGUCUAAAGGGCACAACAGAAGAACUGGGUCUCAAGAAGCAGAACGUAUGGGCAUUCAAUAGUUCUGACCUGGAUGGUGAAUUUGAUGAGUUCUGUGCCAAGACGCCAGAAGAUGCGGUGAAAGGAGAUGUUCCACUCAUGUUUCUGUCGUUUCCUUCAACCAAAGAUUCCACAUGGGAGCAGAGACAUCCAGGCAAGUCAACAGUGGCGAUUGUGACCAUUGUCCCAUGGGAAUGGUUCAAGCAGUGGGAGGUCCAACAAGUGAAGAAACGCUGUGAAGAGUACGAGGACCUGAAAAAUGGUAUUGGCCGACAGAUGUGGAAACAAGCUUGUCUCAUGUAUCCCCAGAUCGAGGACAAGCUGGAUUACUUCGAAGUUGGAAGUCCCCUUUCCAACAAGUACUACAUCGGCUCACCAAAAGGUGAGGUGUACGGUUUGGAUCAUGACAAGGCCCGAUUCGGCUCACCUGAAGUUGCCAUGACACUGCGGCCAGACACCGAUGUUCCUGGCCUCUUCUUGACUGGUCAGGAUGUUCUGUCGUGUGGGUUCUCCGGUGGACUCCAUGGAGGGCUACUCUGCGCAGGAAAAGUUCUCAACAGGAAUUGUUUUAUGGAUCUAGUGAAGUUCAAGAAACAACUGAAACAAGCAAAGGAUAAGAAACAAGAAUAACUGAGAUGCAUGUGUGAAAAUACACGAACUUUUUGAUUUGCGAACAUUACCUGGUUUACGUUACAUGAUUUGCUACAAUGCAGCAGCUGGUUGUAAAUGAUUUUUGGAGUGGUAGCUUAAUAUGGGUCAGUAGAAUUAUGUCUUAUAUGAGUUUUUGUGUGUUAGUUAUUUGUGCUUCCUAAAAUUCAGCUUAUGAAAACUCUCCAAAAUAACUUGAGAUGAAAAAGAAUCUUCGGGGUUCAAGAGUACAGCAUCAGCUUCUAGAGUGCCAAAUUUGUUCAUGUCGCUGAGUAGAGGAAAGGUCAUUGCAUUUAUAUUGUUAUUACUGGUCUCUACUGUAAAUGCAUAACUGUAAAGUUGCAAUUUUGCAAAAGAAAAAAAAAUGGCAGCGUAAAUUUCUGGAUUUUUAGGUGACUGCUUUUAUUACUCUUGCCAAAUUUGUAGUUGAAUGAAUUUUUACACCUCUCAUUUAUUCACUUGCCUGCUCAAAUUUUAUCACUUCUCAUUUGACAAUCAAAUGGCUUAGCAUUGCCUGUUCGACAGGUUGUUCCCCGAGUUGAGUUCAGACUAUUCUAUGAAGUUCUAAUCAUUGUUCAAUUUUGCUCGCAUUUCGGCAUACUAUUCGUACAUUGUAGUUAUCCAGGUGUUCAAUAUUUUUAUUUGAGAUUUUGUUCCAAUGAAUUCACAUUGCUUUGAAGUUCUAGUCCGCCCAUUUUUCAUUGAGGCUAAUUUUUAAAGCAGUUUAAAAGCACAAUUGAUCUUUAGAUAAAGCAUUUGGUCAGGAUGUGUACUCAUGUUUUAAAGUGUAAGGUUGGGUGGUACAAUUACCACUAUGGCUAUAAUUGUACCGCUUUACUUUUCAUAUUCAAGCUUUCUCGGGAAGUGCAGUGGCAAUGGUGGAGCGUCAGAGUCUGACCUAGAAUUGGAAGGUUGUGGGUUCAAGGCUCUGCCAGUGCCAUCCAGUACUUCCAUCUGUACAGAAUGGUGUCUGAAAUAGGUUUGGGAAUGAAUGCAAAGCACUUUGAAACUGUCCAGUUGUCCAGUGUAAAAGCACAAAAUAAGAACUUGCAUGUUUUUUAUUUUUCUAAGCUAUGAUUUUGAUGUUAGUUUUCCUUGAGUCUUUGUCUUUGUGGUGUUCAACUCUUUCCGUCAUGAUGAUUUGUACAUGCAUCAUGUACCAAUAUUUCUUUAUCAAAUAAAAACAGAUCAGAAUCUA